AUGGGGGUUUCGAUGUUGGGUUCCUCUUGGAGUUUCCGAUUAUCCCCAAAGACGCCUCCUUCAAGAACACCAAAUCUGACAGAAAGUGUUCCGAUUUGUCUAAAAAUGAGGCCUUGUCAUCCAUACCCUCCUCGACCGCUCAAGUGCAGGUCAAUGUCUGAGGAUUAUGUGGAGAGAAGUAGCCCAUUUGAGGUUAAGAAAGAGCUAGAGAUUUGCUUCGACCUCAUACAUAGGCUCGGGAGAGGGAUCUUGUACUUAGGUUCCGCAAGAAUCCCACCAAACCAUUCGCAUUACCUGCAAGCACAAGAACUGAGCAGAGAGGCAGCUAUUCUUUUAGACUGUACUACAUGGUCUGGAGCUGGACCAGGACUCAUGGAUGCUGUGACUAAAGGUGCUUUGGAAGCUGAGAAACCGGUCGGUGGCAUCAAAAUCGAAAAAGAAGCCGGUGAAUGGACCGCAUCGAAGUUUCACCCUUAUCUCCCUCCUCAGAAUUACCACACUUGCAGGUUUUUCUCGGCGAGAAAGCAUGGUUUGGUGGAUGCAGUGAUGAGAAACAAUGUUUCUGACAAGACGGCGGUAAUUGCAUUGCCAGGCGGCGUUGGCACGCUCGAUGAGAUGUUUGAGAUUUUGGCAUUGAUUCAGCUCAAAAGGAUUGGAUCUGAAUUGCCUGUUCCGUUCAUUGUGAUGAACUACGAUUCUUUCUACACAAAGCUGUUUGAGUUCAUUGAGAGUUGCGAAGACUUGGGAACUGUUUUCAAAGGAGAAGUGUCUGCACUGUGGAAGGUAUGCAGCAAUAACUCUGAAGCUUUAACAUACUUAGCUGAAUUCUAUGAGUUGCCAUAG